UUUAUUUUGAGGAAGUGAAACUCGUGUUCUGCUAAGUGAGGGGAGAGUUGGGGGAUUUAUCAAGGAACUAAAAUUUGUCUCUUUACCCUCUUAUCGUGUUAUCUACUAAAACAUAACAAUGGCAAGUGAUGAACUUGCAAGAAAGCUAAACAGACGAAAUGAAAUCAACGAAGGGGAUGAAACAGCAGCAUUACCAUCGAUGAAUGUGUUUAACCCUUACACAGAAUUCAAGGAGUUCAGUCGUAAACAAAUCAAGGAUUUCCAACGAACCUUUAACAAGUAUGAUGUUAGUAGAGACAAUUUUAUUGACUUUCAUGAACUGAAACUGAUGAUGGAGAAAAUUGGAGCCCCCCAGACACACCUGUCCCUGAAGGCCAUGAUAAAGGAAGUGGAUGAAGACUAUGAUGAUAAAAUCAACUUCAGGGAAUUUCUAUUAAUUUUCCGUAAAGCUAAUGCUGGAGAAUUAGAGGCAGGAAGUGGACUAAUGGCCCUGUUUGAAAACAUGACAGAAAUCGAUGUCGACAAAGAAGGAGUCAAGGGAGCUAAGAACUUCUUCCAAGCUAAAAUAGAACAACAGACAGCCAGCAAAAAGUUUGAGGAGGAAAUCAAGCAAGAGCAAGAAGAAAAGAAACGAGAGUUAGAGGAAAAGAAAGAAAGACAAAAGGCAUUCAAGGAAAAGGCCAACUUCUUCAAGCAGGCAGCUAGUUAAGGACAGCAGGGUUUGAAUGUGUGUGCACUGACUAAUACUUGUAAUAGGAGUGAUAGCCAAUUUGAUUUUAAGCAUUAUUUUUCAGACAUACAUCACUUCUUCCUCUUGAUUAAAAUAUUUGUUGUACUGUACAUUUUUUUUUUAUUACUUUGUUCAAGGACAUGACAAAACUUCUGUGCUUCAUUGAUAUUUAAUUGCUUUUUGCAGAAAAUUUAUUUUUCUCUAUAUAUGCCCAAAUUUCAUAUUGUUAUGGUCUUCCAUGUAAUAUUUAGGAGAUAGAAGAGCUUAUGUACAUCUGAUUUGUUACAGUGUAAUUGUCAUCUCAGGUAACUGUUGAUAUCGGUCUGUUUUGUCUGGGAAAUGUUGCAAUGAUCUGUUAUAUUUAAUUGUUAUGGUUCAGUGUUAGAAAUUUCUGUUGUUACAUGAGUAUUAUACUUAUGUGCUAUUUUUUCAAUGCUAAUCCACUUUAUACUGCACAUGUAAUUUAGUUGUUCUUUUUUUCCUCAAGUAUUCCUAGUCCUAAAAUUUUUUUUUAUUUCAUUGAAAAUAUCUUUUUACACUUUAGACACACAAAAGAUCUGACUUUUUUCAUGAACAAUAGUUAGAACAGUUACUAAUUAUAAAUGUAAUUGGAUCUAAUGUCUUUUUGUUUUUUGGUCCAUGUAUAGAAUCUGUAGAUCUGAAAAAUGUAAUUAAAGAAUGUGUAAUCCUUUAGAAAAAGUGCUUUGUACAUAUUAAGAGCCUUUUAUUUUUUACACAAACAGAGAAUGUGAAUAUUUUUUUUUUCUGGGAGAUCUGAAAUAAUACUAAAUAUUUGCUAGAUUGAGUUUUAUAGAUUGGUAAAAUUUUUAGGCCCAUGUUCAAACAUACACCCAAAAAACAUUUUAUAAAUUUUCUUAGUGUUCUUUUGAAAAUGAUGUGUAGUUAUUACAAAUACAGUGCAAUAUGUGUCCUUAAUAGGUAUUUGGUCUACUUCAAAGAUAUUUUUUUUAUUUUUAGAUUUGAGUAAAUGUAUGUACAUGUAUGUUAUAUGCAUUUACACAGGGUAAGAAGCAUAAUCAUUCUUUAUGAAAUGUACGUGUAACUUCGCACUCAACCCUAAAAUUCAAUUUCGAGUAUUAAUUCUCUCAAUAAAUAUCUACUGUAACAAAAUGGUUAUGGUUUUAAUAUAUGUACGGGCCAGUGUGGUAUAGUUUAUUUCUCCAGAGUUAUAUCUUUGGUUAUUAAGGUAUGUUUUGUUUCUUCCUAGUAGUUAGUUCUCCACUAUCCCUUGCCUAGUAUUAACAUUAUCCCUAUAGACAAGUAUUACUGUAUGUUUUGGGAAUCCAUGUGUUUGUGCGUACAUGUAUGUUGCAUGUGCACUGGUGUCGAUUUAUAAUGUGUAAUACUUUGCAGUCGCUACUUUUAUAUGUUUAUAAUGUUUUGUAUGUUUUUAAUUGUCAAAAAUAAAAUAUAUUACAAUUGAA